AUGAGUAUCAAUUCAUUCAAACUUGUAGUGGCAUUUUUGCUCACGGCAGUAUCCAUGACAUCGGCUCAUGCUAUACCAGCCAUAGGUCACAAUAUUAAUACGCCCACCAAAGCUCACGAGCUUGUGUCCCGUGCUGCUCCUUCAGACAGGUUUCCAACAAACACCGCUGUUGCUACUAGUGCUGAGGCUUAUACAAAUUGCUGUCAGUUCAAAGAAAACCCCAGUGGCAGUCUAAAGUUCACCUUGAAUCUCGCCGGUUGGGGAAAUACCGACCAAAGAAAGAAUCACACAAUAUACGACGACAUCGACUGCGCUUAUGCACUGCGUGAUGAAAUAUACAAUAUCGACAAAAAUGUUGCAACAGUAUCUGGUUGGAUAUGUGUUCCCUCUUACGGUGCUCUCAGAGACACCUUUGUGACUUUCUACUAUUCCAAUCCGGAUCCUACCACUGUGCUUGUGGCUUUGAACAAAGUGGAUCCAGGGCCUGAAGAGUGGGAAUGCAUUCUUCCGAAGACUAGUGAUGAAGAUUCCUGGGUUUGUAAACCACAACAGUUGAACAUCUGA